UUGGACGAGGAUUACCCCAGUGAUGAUGAAACAGUAGCUGCUGCUCUUGUACUCAAAUACAGACAAACGGAUCCACAAUGUACCAAGAUCAUUUAUGCUACACGAACACAUUCCCAGCUGCAGCAGUUCUCAGCAGAAAUUUCGAAAACAAGAUUUCGGCCUAGGAUGGUAACUCUGGGAUCAAGGCAGCAGCUGUGCAUCAACAAAUCUGUCUUGGCGCUUGGCAGUGCUAUGCUUAUGCGAGAACGAUGCAAUGAGUUGCGCGACAACAAAUCUUGGAUGAAACGGUCAAAGGGGGAGUUGAAGGAAGUAAAUUUUUCCUGGUUAAUUAUGAUUUAUAAUCUUUUUUUCGAAUUUUCCAAAUUUUUUUCGGAAAAUUUUUCGAAUUUUCCAAAUUUUUUUCGGAAAAUUUUUCCAAAAUUUCAAAAUCUUUUCGAAAAAUUUUCGUUUUUUUGUCGAAAAAAUUUCCGAAAAAUCAAAAAAAAAUCAAGUUUUUGAAA